AUGGUCACAUCAGAUCCUGUUAGCCUAAACCAUCCCGUAGUAGUGGGUAUCACAGGCGCCAGCGGGGCGGUGAUUGCCCGCGAACUGAUCGAUACCCUGCUGAACCGGAAGCACUCCGUGAUUGCCGUGGCGUCCAACGCGGCCCGCAUGGUGUGGCAGGAAGAGUUGGACGAGCCCUACAACCAGGCGGUGGCGCGGUGGCUGGAACAUCCCCGGUUUCGGCAAUACGCCAUCAGCGACCUGUUCGCCUCGAUCGCCAGCGGCACCACGCCAACCGCCGGUAUGGUAAUCGCUCCGGCCAGCAUGAACUCGGUGGCAUCCAUCGCCCACGGGCUGACUCCCAACCUGGUGCUGCGGGCCGCCGACGUAACGCUGAAGGAACGUCGCCGGCUGGUACUGAUUCCACGGGAAACGCCGCUGCACGCCAUUCACCUGGAAAACAUGCUGACGUUGUCCAGAAUGGGCGCGGUCAUAUUGCCACCGGAACCUCCUUUCUACCUGAAGCCGCUGGACAUCGACGGUGUAGUUCGUUUCGUGGUGCAGCGCGCCCUGGUUGCACUCGGGUUAACUGAUGCUCUGCCCGACGACUUGCAGUAUCAGGACCGGCAGCGGUAA